UGUUGGCAUUUACGGCUUAUCCAUCAACAUUAUUAAUAUAGCUUUUUUUAAGUUUUGAUUUCUUAAUUUAUUGACAAAAGAAUUGCAUAAUGUUAUAAAGAACAAAACCAACCAUGAAUCUUCCUUUAUUUGAAAAUAUUUACUCAAAAGCUGGUCCUAUUUAUAUCAUCUUCGGAUCUUUAGUUGCACUUAUUCAUGCUUCAAAUUUUUCCAAUGAUGAAAAAAUCCUUUGCAAGCUGAAGAGCUACAUGAACAUUGAGACUUGUUUCAACAUAAAAAACCAAAAUGGCUUAGCUAAUUUAGCGGAAAGAAACGGACGCACUUUUGUAUCUGAAGGUACACUCUGUGAGACAAAUAUCAGCCCUGAAACCUUCAAAAUACAACAGUGCGUCAAAGGACAAUGGAUUAAAGUGCAAGACAAGAAAGCGUGGAUUGUGCACCGGUCAAAAAGAAAUUUCUGGGAUGGUUCUGAUUUUAACUUUAACAUUCCAUCGAACUUAUUACCAAACAGAAACCCGUCGGUCACUUGUCCAAGUAUACCUUUAAUUUACUACGCAGACAAGGGGGAAGUAUCGGUGGCAGUCUGGUGGAACCAGCCAAAUGUCUCUGACCCUGAUGGUGACACUGUCAGUGUUAGUUUAUCUCAGGGCAGCCAACCAGGUGUGAGGUUUGAAGAAGGUAGCUACACGAUUUCCUACAUGGCACAGGACAACAGAGGGGCAGCUGCCACAUGUAGCUUUGCUUUUAACGUUAUAGUCCGAAGAUGCCCGAACGAAAACACGUACAUUGAUAGAGGUUCCGCCUCGUGCCAGCCCUUUCAACGAAAUAUUUACGGAGCUCAAUGUGAAUAUCGCUGUGAUGUAGGAUACGAACUUACCGGAGCUACGAGAAUCCAAUGCGAAUCAAACAGUCAAUGGACUGCACCAAAACCAGUUUGUAGACCAAUUACUUGCCAAGCGCCACCUGUCGUUGAGCAUGGUCAGUUUACCUGCGGUUCUGGUGGUUACAGCUAUCUAUCUACCUGUUACCUGUCGUGUGAGGCUGGAUAUGCCAUUGAAAGGGACAGUUCUAUCAGGUGCCAGGUUAAUAAGCAAUGGACAUGUGCAGGAUUUUGCACAGUCAAGAGAUGCCCAUACUACCAGCCCAUUGAAAACGCUGCUGUCAGCUGUUCUCAUGACAACGCAUACGGGUCUGAGUGUAUAUCUGUGUGUAACCAAGGUUACCAGAUGGUCGGUGCUAAUUCUCAGACGUGCCAAGAAAACCAGACGUGGAGUGGAACGAAACCAGCCUGCAAUUCGAGAGAAUGCGGCAACCCACCAUUCGUUGCACACGGAAACUAUUCUUGUCCGUCUGGAUUAAGGUACAAAAACCUCUGCUCACUGAAUUGCAGUGCAGGAUUUUUACCGGUCACCCCAGCUACUAUCGUCUGCAAAAGUGAUCAGCAGUGGUCACAAGCUGGUUCAUGCGUAGAUAUUGAGGCACCUCAGUUUACAAAAGGCUGUACACGAGACUUUGAAGUUAUCGCCGCGGCUGUUCGUCAACGCAACUAUGUGAGAUUCACAUUGCCAGAAGCUGUGGAUAACUCUGGCGAAGGGGUUGUCAUCACAUCCAACCCUAUCUCCGGGUCUGAUUUCCCACUUGGAGCAAGUCGGGUUGUAGUUUCGGCAACAGACUCUACUGGAAACCAAGCCAACUGCUCCUUCUCUAUAACAGUUAAAUCUAUCUCGUGUGAUGCCCCGAAUGUGAACACAUCGGCAAAAAAUGUGAUCGUAUACGACUGCCCUGAUCAGUUUGUCUACGGAGCCUCGUGUUUUAUGCACUGCUCUAACGGUGACCAAAUUAUAGGGUCAAAUAGAAUGACGUGUGAUAAAACAAGAAACUCCACACAACUAGACUGGAAAAUAGAUGGCAAUUCUUUUCCAUUUUGCAAUCCACAAUCUUGCAGCAAAUUAAAUUCUCCCGACAACGGUGCUUUGGCUUGUAACACAUCGGACGGUGCAAGUGAAGUGUGCAUCGUAAUGUGCAAUAACCAAUACACGUAUCCCUACCAAGCACCUUUUAAGUUCAGCUGCAGUAAACGAACCGGGAUAUGGCUGCCAAAUAACACAGUGCAAAGUUGCGUCAAAAUAAGGAAACCAAUAGCUGUAACAACAGAACUGCAAUUUUACUACUACACUGGAAGCUGCAGUAAUGACAGUGCAACCAUUAAGGACAAGUUUCUUCAGGCUUUAGGAGUUUCUAUUUUUAGGGAUGCUUGUUCCGAAGAUUCACCUUGCUCUGUUGACACUGUGGAGUUGUCUUGUGGUGCAGUUGUUCGUAGAAAGAGAAGGGACACGAGUAACAUUACUUUUGAAUUUAAGAUUUCUGUAGUUAUCAAUAUUGGUGAGUACAAGGACUUGGGCGAUGAUGAAAAAACUUCCAAAUACUAUGACGAUAUUGUGAUGGGCAUCAAUGCGAAGAUUCAAACCAAAGCCGAUGCAGGUCUCCUAAAUGUACAAAGUAUCGGUACUUUUAACAAGAUUGAAUAUGGUCAAGUUGGACUUAAAUGUGAACCAGGGACUAAAAUGGCGCAGAGAGUAAUGGCAUGCGCGGGAUGUGGAGCGGGCUACAUGUUCAUUAACGAAACUGAAUCUUGCCAGGCGUGUCCUGUAGGGACAUACCAGGACCAGGACGUUGCUUUUUCAUGCACGCCUUGUCCUGAUGGUCAAACGACAAAGGACAAAGGCUCUACAGAUCUCACCCAGUGUUUGGAUACAGGCACCAAUAUAGUCUUAAUAUCUGCUGCAAUAUCAGCAGGUGCCUUUUGUGUCCUUAUCGGCCUAUUUCUGACAUUCUUUAUAUAUAAAAGAAUGCGGAAAAGGAGUAUAAAAACCUGAAUGAAAAUGAUAUCAAUUUGUACACUUACUUAUUUACGCAAGAAAUAAGUAAUUACAUUUAUUUAAAUAUUAAGUUCAUAUAGCUAAUUUACUUCUUUACCAUCUGUGCUAAUUCUUCUUUUAACCAACUACUACAAUUUUAAAAUAAAAAUAUUGCCAAAGAACUUA